AUGGCUUUCACCAGAUACGGCCAGAGUAAACUGGCGAUGAUCCUCUACACGAGCGAAAUAGUCCCGAGCUUAACUUCCGUGUCGGUUCAUCCUGGUAUUGUCGCCAGAUCUGGCACGCAGGGGUACCACUCAGUUCUCGAGACUAGUGUAUAUUAUCACUGGCCUCAUGGAGAAAAUUGCGCCGGAACAGGGGUCUGGGUAGCUACUUGGGAAAGGGGAAAUUUGGUGAAUGGGGGUUAUCAUGAACCCGUAAGGGUGCCGACGAAGCCUACGAAGGAAGCGUUGGGUGAGGAGUUGGCGAAAAGGCUAUGGGAGUGGACGGAGUCCAAGUUGAAGGGAUGGCUUUAG